UACUUCAAGAGAGACGCCGACGAACUCGAGUCGUGGAUCAAUGAGAAGCUGCAGACCGCGAGCGACGAGUCCUAUAGGGAUCCGACCAAUCUUCAGGCCAAGAUCCAGAAGCAUCAGGCUUUCGAGGCCGAAGUGGCCGCCCAUAGCAACGCUAUCGUACACUUGGAUCAGAUCGGCUACGAGAUGAUCAAUCAGCAACACUUCGCCACAGAUGUUAUCAGACACCGUUUGGACGAAUUGCACCGACUCUGGGAACUACUGCUCUCGAAAUUGGCCGAUAAAGGUCUUAAGCUACAGCAGGCGCUCGUAUUGGUGCAGUUCCAGCGCCAGUGCGAUGAAGUGAUGUUCUGGAUUAAGGACAAGGAACAGCUGGUGGCCACCGAUGAGAUCGGACAGGACUUAGAGCACGUGGAGCUCUUGCAGCGCAAGUUCGAUGAGUUCCAGAAGGACAUGGCCUCACAGGAGAGCCGUAUAGUGGAUGUGAACGAACAGGCGGACCAACUGAUCCGCGAUCAACACCCGGAGCUCGAACUGGUGGUGAAGCGCAAAGACGAGUUGAACGAGUCGUGGCAACGCCUUCGGCAGCUGACUCUCCUCAGACAGGAGAAGCUAUUCGGCGCCCACGAGAUCCAGCGUUUCAAUCGAGACGCCAACGAAACCAUCGCUUGGAUCACCGAAAAGGAUGUCGUCCUCUCCAGCGAUGAUUACGGCCGCGAUUUGGUCUCCGUUCAGACCCUUCAGAGAAAACAUGAGGGCAUUGAACGCGAUUUGGCCGCUCUGUCGGACAAAGUGGACACUCUGGGACAGGAGGCCCACCGGUUGUGCGGUAUUCACGAAGACCUGGCCGACCAGACACGCGCUAAACACUCGGAGAUUGUGAGCACUUGGGAACAGUUGAAGUCUAAGGCUUUGGAUCGACGCCGCCGUCUGGACGAGUCGUAUCUAUUGCACCAGUUUUUGGCCGAUUUCCGGGACCUUAUCUCUUGGGUUCACGACAUGAAAGCCAUUAUAUCGGCGGACGAGUUGGCCAAAGACGUGGCGGGCGCUGAGGCCUUACUGGAGAGACAUCAGGAACAUUGGGGCGAAAUCGACGCGCGCGCCGACAGCUUCCGCGUGAGCGGAGAGGCCGGACAUCGACUUCUGGAGCAAAACAUCUCCAGAGACGAAGUGAACGAAAAACUGAUCCAAUUGUCGAACGAGAAACAAUCACGUAUUCUAUACGAACAGUGUAUGGAUUUGCAGCUCUUCUAUCGGGACACCGAACAGGCGGACACAUGGAUGGCCAAACAGGAGGCAUUCCUCGCCAACGAAGAUCUCGGCGAUUCGCUCGACUCCGUGGAGGCGUUGAUCAAAAAGCACGAAGACUUUGAGAAGUCGUUGGCCGCUCAGGAGGAGAAGAUCAAGGCGUUGGACGAGUUCGCGACCAAAUUGAUUGAAGGCCAGCACUACGCCACUGACGACGUGGCCCAACGCCGCGGGGCACUACUCGAGCGCCGGAACGCGCUGUUGGAGCGGUCGGCUGUGCGCCGAUCGAUGCUCGAAGACUCGUAUCGUUUGCAACAGUUUGAGAGGGAUUGCGAUGAGACCAAGGGUUGGAUCACUGAGAAGCUGAAGACCGCCACCGAUGAGUCCUAUUUGGAUCCGACGAAUCUGAAUGGAAAGCUUCAGAAGCACCAGAACUUUGAACAGGAGCUGAACGCCAAUAAGUCUCGCAUCGAUGAGAUCACAACUGUGGGCAAAGAGCUCAUUGAUAACCGCCAUUACGCCGCCCCCAAGAUUGAGGAGCGCAUCACUCAGAUCUCGGAGUUGUGGCAAUCGUUGGUCGAGUCGGCCGAAGGCAAGGGCUCUAAGUUGGCCGAAGCGGCCGCUCAGCAGCAGUUUAAUCGCGGCGUCGAAGACAUUGAACUUUGGUUGACCGAAAUUGAAGGCCAAUUGGGGAGUGAAGACUACGGCCGAGAUUUGACGUCCGUUCAGAAUCUGUUGAAAAAACAAGCGCUUCUCGAAGCGGACGUACUCUCACAUCAGGACCGCAUCGACGGUGUAGUGAUUCAGGCGAACCAAUUCAUAGAAGGCGGCCAUUUUGACGCCGAAGCCAUUCAGACCAAACAGAACGCGCUUACAGAACGGUAUAAGACAUUACAGACACCGAUGAAGGCUCGCAGGGAUCGCCUCAACGACGCCCUACGAGUGCAGCAGCUGUUCCGCGAUCUCGAGGACGAGGAGAGUUGGAUCCGUGAGAAGGAACCCAUUGCCGCGUCCACUAAUAGAGGCCGCGAUCUGAUUGGUGUUCAGAACCUGAUUAAAAAACAUCAGGCAGUGUUGGCUGAGAUUAACAAUCACGAGCACCGGAUCCGUUCUGUGUGUCAAUCGGCUGAAGACAUGAUCAGAGAGGGACACUUCGCUUCCGAAGAGAUCCAAAAGCGAGUUUACGGACUCAACGAUCGCUGGCAUUCACUCAAAGAUAAGGCCAAUCAACGGAAGCAAGACUUGGAGGACUCACUGCAGGCGCACCAGUACUUCGCCGACGCCAAUGAGGCCGAGUCCUGGAUGAGAGAAAAGGAGCCGAUCGUGGGUUCGUACGACUUCGGCAAAGACGAGGAUUCGACGGAAGCGUUGCUGAAGAAACACGAGGCACUUCUGGCCGAUUUGGACGCCUUCUCCAACACUAUUCAGGCGCUGAGAGAACAGGCGGGCAAUUGUAAGCAACAGGAACAGCCCACUGUCGACCAGGGGGGCAAAGAGUGCGUUAUGGCGCUGUUCGACUACCUGGAGACCUCCCCCCGCGAGGUGUCCAUGAAAAAGGGUGAUGUCCUCACACUCUUGAACAGCAACAACAAGGACUGGUGGAAAGUGGAGGUCAACGACAGACAGGGUUUCGUACCCGCGGCUUAUGUUAAGAAGAUUGAGGCGGUGUUGUCGGCCAGUCAACAGCAUUUGGCUCAUCAGAACAGUAUCGGCGCCCGACAGACACAGAUCGAGGCCCAGUACGACAAUCUGCUCGCACUCGGAAGGGAACGUAAGGGCAAACUGGAGGAGUCGUGCAAAGCGUACCAAUUGGUUCGGGAGGCGGCGGAGUUGGCCCAAUGGAUCAAAGACAAGGAACAGGUGGCGGCCGUACACGAAGUGGGCGACGACUUGGAACAGGUGGAGGUGUUCCAGAAGAAGUUCGACGACUUUAUGGGCGACCUUCGGGCCAAUGAGGUUCGGUUGGCGGAGAUGAACGAAAUCGCGACACAACUGUCCAGUUUGGGACAGACAGAGGCGGCCGUUAAGAUCACACAACAAGUCGAUGAGUUGAACCAGAAGUGGACACACCUUCAAGAGGUGACCCAAGAGAGGGCCCAACAGUUGGGUUCGGCUCAUGAGGUCCAACGCUUCCACAGAGAUGUCGACGAGACUAAGGAUUGGAUUCAAGAGAAAGACGACGCCUUGAAUAAUGACGAUUACGGCCACGACUUGCGAUCGGUUCAGACAUUACAGCGCAAACACGAGGGUCUGGAGCGGGAUUUGGCGGCUCUCGGAGAUAAGAUUAAACAAUUGGAUGAGACGGCCAGUCGUCUGAUGCAAACGCAUCCCGAGUCCGCGGACCAGACAUUUGAAAAGCAACGCGAGAUUAACGACGAUUGGAGUCAAUUGACGGCCAAAGCGAACGCUCGCAAAGAGAAGCUCUUUAGUUCGUAUGAUUUGCAGACAUUUUUGGCCGAUUAUCGCGAUCUGAUGUCUUGGAUCAACUCAAUGAUGACACUGGUGUCCAGCGAAGAGUUGGCCAAUGAUGUGACGGGCGCUGAAGCGCUGUUGGAGAGACAUCAGGAACACCGGACUGAGAUCGACGCCCGGGCGGGACCUUUCCAACAGUUUGAGAUAUUUGGUCAGCAUUUGCUUCAAUCGGGUCAUUACGCGAGCGGCGAAGUGGAGGGAAAGUUGGACCAAAUGUCUCGCGCGCGCGAAGAGCUCGAGAGGGCGUGGAUCGCCAGACGAGCCAAACUGGAUCAGUGUCUUGAACUGAUGCUGUUCUACCGCGACUGCGAACAGGCGGAGAACUGGAUGGCCAGUCGGGAGGCGUUCCUCUCGAGCGACGAUAUGGGCGGCGAUAACGUGGAGUCGUUGAUCAAAAAGCACGAGGACUUCGAUAAAGCGAUCAGCGCUCAGGAGGAGAAGAUCGGCGCUCUGACUGGUUUGGCUCAACAACUGAUUGAUUCCGAACACUACGCGUCGCCGUCCAUCGAAGACAAGAAGUCACAGGUUUUGAACCGAUGGCGACAUCUGAAGGAGGCUUUGAUUGAGAAGCGCUCCAAAUUGGGUGAAUCGCAAACUCUUCAGCAGUUCUCCAGAGAUGCCGACGAAGUGGAGAAUUGGAUCGCAGAGAAGCUCCAGAUGGCUAUGGAUGAGAGCUAUAAAGAUCCCGCAAACAUACAGUCCAAGCAUCAGAAACAUCAGGCAUUUGAGGCCGAAUUGGCGGCCAAUAAGGAUCGCAUUCAGUCAGUGCUGGCGAUGGGCGACAAUCUGAUUAAGAACCGGAAGUGCGCGGGCAGUGAAGAGGCUGUUCAGCAACGGUUGACAUCGAUCGCCGAGCAGUGGACACAUCUGUCGCAGAAGACGACCGAGAAGUCGUUGAAACUGAAAGAGGCCAAUAAACAGCGCACAUUCAACGCAGCCGUUAAGGACAUUGACUUCUGGUUGGGAGAAGUGGAGGGUCUCCUCAAGAGUGAGGACUCCGGCAAAGACUUGGCGUCCGUUCAGAAUCUCAUCAAAAAGCAUCAAUUGGUUGAGGCGGACAUUCAGGCCCACGAGGACCGCAUCCGAGACAUGAAUGGAUUGGCCGACAGUCUGAUAGAGAGCGGACAGUUUGAUACUGUGACCAUUCAGGAGAAACGCUCGUCCAUUAAUGAACGGUACGAGAGGGUGAAGACAUUGGCGACAUACCGGCGCACUCGACUCAAUGAGGCGAAUACAUUGCAUCAGUUCUUCAGAGACAUCGCCGACGAGGAGUCGUGGAUCAAAGAGAAGAAACUGUUGGUGAAUAGCGACGAUUACGGUCGCGAUUUGACUGGCGUUCAGAAUUUGCGCAAAAAGCAUAAGCGUCUGGAGGCAGAGCUCGGGUCGCACGAGCCCUCCAUUCAGGCCGUUCAGGACGCCGGACAGAAACUGAUGGUUGAGAGCAAUUUGGGAGUUCCCGAGAUUGAGCAGCGGCUUCAGGCGCUCGAACAGAAUUGGCACGAUUUGAAACGUAUGGCCACUUUGAGGGGCAAUAAGUUGGAGGAAUCGCUGGUUUUCCAGCAAUUCUUGGCGAAAGUGGAGGAGGAAGAGGCCUGGAUUUCAGAGAAACAUCAGCUCCUGUCCAUUGAAGACUACGGCGAUACUAUGGCUGCCGUUCAGGGACUGUUGAAAAAACACGACGCCUUUGAAGCCGACUUUGCCGUUCAUCGGGAAAGAUGUGCUGAUAUUAUAAACGCCGGACAACAGCUCGUGGCUGAGGGUAAUCACCACUCGGACGGUAUUCAACAGCGUCUGCAACAACUGUCCACUCGUUUGGAUGCGUUGGACGGAAGCGCUCGCCGCCGGAAAGGCAAACUACUGGACAACAGCGCGUACUUGCAGUUCAUGUGGAAGGCCGAUGUGGUCGAGUCCUGGAUCGCCGAUAAGGAGGUUCAGGUCCGCAGCGAUGAUUAUGGCCGCGACCUCUCCAGUGUGUCUACUCUAUUGACGAAACAAGAGACCUUCGACGCCGGGUUGGCUGCCUUCGAACAGGAAGGCAUACAAAGCAUAACUCAGCUCAAGGAUCAGUUGACGGCCUCCAACCACAACCAGACCUCUGCCAUCAGUAAACGCCACGACGACGUCAUGAGUCGUUGGCAUAACCUGUUGGGCGCCUCCGAAGCGCGCAAACAACGGCUCCUCCGAAUGCAAGACCAGUUCAAACAGAUCGAAGACCUGUUCCUGACGUUCGCGAAGAAGGCCUCGGCGUUCAACUCGUGGUUUGAGAACGCGGAGGAAGACCUGACAGAUCCCGUCCGCUGCAACUCCAUCGAAGAGAUCCGCGCCCUUCGCGAAGCGCACCAACAGUUCCAACAGAGUCUUAGCGGCGCUCAGAAUGACUUCGAA